AUUCAGCAGUCUGAUGAUGCUCAUCUUGCUGGUCAGCUGGUGACUUUAACAUCAGCUGCAUUGCAUGCCCUGGUGUAGUAUGCACAUGCAUGCAUAUAUGCAUCUCUCCAGUCUCCACUGCCGGUGCCGGCCGGAGAGCUACCCUAGCUACUGACUGACACCACUGCAGCAGCUCUACCGCGUCGCACGCCAUCGCACUCGCGCCAACUGUCAAGCUACUGUGCAUGCAUAUACACACACACACGCACGCACGCACGACACACCCAUCGCCUCCCGCUCAGUCCACUCCACGGACUUCCUUUCCUUUCAUCAUCGUCAUGGCCAGCGCCAUGGCGCCCGCGCAUCACCACCACCGCUCCCGCACCCCGCUCCUCCUCGCGAUCCUCUUGGCGGCGGCGGCGGCCGCCUCCGUGGCCUCCGCCGCGCGCGACCUCGACCUCGACGCCGCCAACCCGCUACCGGCGCCCGCAGGCCGAAACAACAAUCCCGAUCCCAACUACUACGGCUACGGCGCCGUCCCGGGCGUCGGCGGCCCGGCGGGCAACGGAGGCGGAUUCUACGGCGGACCAAGGUACGGCUUCGGCGGCGGUGGCGGAGGAGGCGGGUGGGGCGCCGGGUACGGCGGCUCCGGUGGCGGCGGGUACGCGCACGGCGGCGUGGAGGUGCCGACGGUGGUGUGCCAGGAGAAGGGCCCCUGCUACGGCAAGAAGGUGACGUGCCCCAAGAGGUGCUUCUGGUCCUACAGCCGCUCCGGCAACGGCUACGGAGCUGGAGGCGGCGGCGGGUCCUGCACCGUCGACUGCAAGGCCAAGUGCACCGCCACCUGCUGAUGAUCCGAGUACGUGCUAAUUAAGCUAGCUACCUGCUCAUGGGAGAUGGAUGUGCUAUGUGUGUGUUUGUACUAAAGAUCCAUCGAGCCCCUUGUGUUUGUUUCAGAUUAAUCUCAGAUAUGUUUAAGAACUACUAGUACUACUUGUAACUUAAUUACUGCUUAUAUGUUGUUGGUACCUACAGUAUACUGUACUUAUAUACGUUCCUGAUAAAUAAGGCGAUCUUGCAUGCAUGAUCGAUGUUGUGUAAUUAACGAUUUUUACAUGGAAUUCAUUUCCAAUUGAAGCUUCAGUAUACUAUAUAU